CGUCUGAGCUCUCUGAGGUCUCAUUGAGAGAGAAAGAGAGAGAGAGACACAGGUAGAUAAGAACCACAAGAGAGAAAAGGGUGUCUCAGUCUGAGAUCAAAGAUGGUGAGGGCUCCUUGCUGUGAGAAGAUGGGAUUGAAGAAGGGGCCUUGGACUCCUGAAGAAGAUAGGAUUCUCAUCAAUUAUAUUCAACAGUAUGGACAUGGAAACUGGAGGGCGCUUCCCAAACAAGCUGGUCUGUUAAGGUGUGGGAAAAGUUGCAGACUUCGAUGGACAAAUUACUUGCGACCGGACAUAAAGCGAGGAAACUUCAGCAAAGAGGAAGAGGAAACUAUCAUUGAGCUUCAUGAAAAGCUUGGUAACAGGUGGUCAACAAUCGCAGCAAGAUUACCGGGAAGAACAGACAAUGAAAUAAAAAAUGUCUGGCACACCCACCUAAAGAAGAGGCUCAAACAAUAUCAACCCGCCCUGAACACCAAGCGGCAGUCCACUGAAAUAUCUGAAUUUGAUACCUGCAAAUUGGAAGAAUCAUAUCUCGUGAACUUUCCAACAAAUCCAAGAUUCGAGAGCCCGACCUGUCCGCCGGUAUCCCCACAACAAUCCUCCAGUGACAUCUCCUCGGUUACAGAAUCUUCGGUUGUCACGGGCGAGAACCAGAACACGGGCAUCAAGGAAGAAAACGUCGACUCUUGCUCUUGGGAAACUAUCCCUGAAAUCGACGAAAGCUUCUGGUUUGAAGCAUUGUCAGCAGACAAUUCCGGCACGUCCGAUGAUUAUCCGGCAACAAUAACCGACCAACAAUUACAAUUCCCAUCAGAACCCGUCUAUGCUUACGGUUGGAACAUGGACGACGGCAUGGAUUUUUGGUAUAACCUCUUUAUAAAAGCAGGAGAGCUACCAGAGUUGCCAGAAUUCUGAUCACACAGUUUUUGUAGUUCUUGGUAUCCGGUAUCUGACCAUUAGCAAGCAAAGAGUAAAGGAGUUUCACGGGGACAAUUCUGUUCAAAAGCUCGACUCAUUGACGAAAACAGAGUUUGGUCGUCCAGGAAACGAAAAGGCACUCAAGGCCCAAUUAGGGGGAAAAGGAAAAAUUGACUUCGGAAACUUGUGUAUAGCUUGCAUACAUAAAAAUAAACUAACAUAUUGAUUGCUUUGCUUCUCUGUAACCCUAAAAAACAAAGCAGCCCUUCAAAUCUCCAUUACCUAAAUUCAUGUUAGCUUCUGAUUUUGAGUUUUCUUUUUGGGUAAAUAAAUUAAUUUUGCUGUUAGACCCAAAGCUCUAGACAUAUCAAUAAUGGAAAGUGUUUCUUCUAAUCUUUUA